CUUUCCUGAGACUUGGUCCGCAUUGUACCGUGAGCCGUGCCUUCUUCCCGCCUCUCUUCUGAAGGCAUCACAGCUCCACGAUCACGUUGGCAUUUAGUAUUUGGCAUUUCUGUUACAGAUUUGCCUUGCCAACCAGUGACCCUCCGGCAAAUCCGCUUGCCUCAAUUGAGAACUGCUUGGCUUGUCAUGGCAAUACUCGCGAGCAACUCUUUCGGUUGCCUGUGACACUCUUGCUGUGAAAUAUCGGAUUGCUUGACUGGCUAUCCAAACUACGUUCGUUCGCUGACCUCAAACAUUGGAUACCCUCGAACCAUGCCUUUCACCACCCGAUCCGUGGCUCUUAUGAGCCUUGUGGCCUUCUUUAGCAAACUUGGCCAUGCCCAGUCCAUUCCUAUGGCUUAUUGCGCAAGCAUCAACACAGCAUCAACAGCAGACAGCAGUAUAUACCAAUCUGAUGGACUAUGCCACGACUUCUGCUCAGCUACCUCAGCUUUUGCUAUCGUUAAAGAUGAUGAGUGCUGGUGUAGUGAUUAUGUACCCGACAAGGCAACGCAGGUAGAUACCGGCAAGUGUGAUUCGGGAUGCCCUGGCUUCCCGUCUGAUACGUGCGGAGGUGAUGGACUAUGGGGAUAUAUAUCUCUAGAUCAUAAGCCUUCGGGCACCAAGGCUGCCGGCUCCGCCUCUUCUACUAAACCGUCAACUCCUGACACAUCGAAAUCAACGGGAGAUAGCUCUACAGCACCCACUACUCCGAGCGUAUCUACAGUUACAGCGGGGGGUAUUGUGCAGACAGUUACUAUAAUGCCCACAGCUACAGAUAACCCCAACGCCGUGACUUCACCGGAUGCUAGCCCAAGUGAAGUGCCAUCGAAUCAGCACGGGCUCUCAACUGGUGCCGCAGUUGGCGUGGCAAUUGGUGUGUUUGCUGCCGUAGGCUUGGCUAUAGGUGCUGCCCUUUUCUUCUGGCUCCGCCGCAGAAGGCAAGACCAAGGUGAUGCUUUUGCAGACUCCCCUGGAAGUCAGCGUGGAAGUUCAGCAGGUAUGAUGAGCACGCCAACAACCGCAAUGGCCUCGGUAUGGGAUGGCGAUACCGCAUCAGGAGGUCGGAGAAAUAGUCGAUUCAUGCCGCAUGAUCCUCGCAUGGACCCAUUUGCAGCAAAUAUCUACAGCCGCGAGAAUAAGAGCCGCGAGAGCAUUAACACUCUUCAAGACAACCACGAUUAUUCGCGAAAAGUGCUUCGAACCACGAAUCCUGACCCGCCCGAUGGCGAAUAAGACGGCAUGGUCUAAUUUAUAUGGAUGGAUUGGGAAGCCGCCUCAAAAACGGCUGAUGACGCACACGAUCUCUUUCUGGUCGGGUUCACAAUUGGACCAUUGCAUUGCAUUUUCGAGAUACCAGGCCGGCGUUUUCAGGAGAAUGAGAUUCUAGGACAAAGUCAAGGGGUUUUACGCACACAUAUACUUGGCAUCGUAGUGAACGAUGACACAUUCUAUUCGAUAUGGAUUUCAUUCUCUGGCUCGGUAUAUGAAUAUCCACCGCAAGGGGAGAAGGGUAGUUCGCGGCAAUUGCGAUAAUUAGACCGACACGUACGACAAAUAAGCGCCCAGAUGGAU